AUGUCUGGAAAUAAGUGCCAAUAUUUAAAUUGUGGCAAAUCGAAGAAAAUGUUUCCGAAUUUAAAAAUGUAUCGUUUUCCAAAAGACGAAAGAAAAGAAUUAUGGAUAAUAAAUUCAGGAAACACAAAUUUGUUUUCUAUUGAACCAGAUAAACUCCACAAUAGGUACAUUUGUCAAGAACAUUUCCCACCUGAGAGCUUUAUUCAAAAUUUUACUCAAAAUCGUUUAAUAGACACUGCUAUUCCCUAUAAUUAUAAAUCUGAUGCACAGCCAUCUACAUCAUCAGGCUUUGAUAAAAAUGACAAAUCUGAACAGGAGUAUAAUAUUCUAAAGUCAACACCAACUAAAACAUAUUAUACACGCUCAAAAUCAGAUAUCGUAGAGUUAGUUUUUCCGAGCCCCCCUUCAAUGUUUUCUACUCCUCAAAAGAUUAAAAUAACAAAUAUAAUAGACAUGCCUAGCCCAAAUUUAAAAAUGAAAUCAAAUUUGAUUGAAAUUGAUACACCUAGAAAAAUAAACCUAAAAAAAAAAUUAAAACAAAAAAACAAAUUAAUUCAUAACAAAAUAACUCACAUUUCAAAAUUAAAAAAAAGAGUUCAAACUUUUAAUACUCGUAAUAAUGUUAAGAACUCAAUAAAUAUCCAUAACUUUCCAUCAAUUAAUUCCAAGGCAAUCGUAACAAUGCAAUUAAAAGAUAGGCGUCGUCCAUGGACAUUAAAUGAAAAAAAUUUAGCUUUAAAUUUAUAUUAUAAAUCACCAACAGCAUAUAAAUUUUUACGUACACAAAAAGUUAACUUACCCGGGCCAUCGACUAUUCGUCGUUGGAUUGGUCAAUCAAAAUUCUUACCAGGUUUUAGUAAAUUAUUUUUCAGCCAUAUACAAAAAAAAUUUGAGUCUUCUGACUAUAAAGAAAAAGCAUGCACUGUUUGUUUUGAUGAGAUGUAUAUAAAAGAAUUUAUAGAAUAUUCUAAGGAAUUUGAUUUUAUUGAAGGUUUUGAAGACUUAGGUCAUUAUGGGAGGACCAAUAAAAGUGCCAACUGUGUUUUAGUAUUUAUGGCUCAAGGUAUUUAUUCACCAUGGAAAUUUCCGAUAGCAUAUUUUCUUGCUCAUUCUGGAGUUAACAAAACAAUUUUAAAAAAUUUAAUAAUUGAUGUUUUACAAAAGUUAUUUGAGGUUGGAUUGUGUCCAAAAAUUAUAGUUUGCGAUCAAGGCACAAACAACCAAAGCGCUUUAAAAUCAUUAGAUGUUUCAGAGGAUAAUCCAUUUUUUUUUAUCAAUGACAAUAAAAUAUUUUCUUUGUUUGAUGUUCCACAUUUACUCAAAAGUAUUAGAAAUAAUUUAAUUAAUGCUUGUUUUAUAAAAGAUAAUAAAAUAAUCUCAUUUGAUGAUAUAAAAAAAACAUACGAGUUGGACAAACAAAAUCAUAAAAGUAGGUCUCUUGUCAAAAUAACAGAUGCACAUAUUUACCCAAGUUCUUUUCAAAAAAUGCGUGUUAAAUUAGCAGCACAAUUGUUAAGCAAUUCCAUGUCAGCAGCAAUUCGAACUUGCAUACAAACAGGACAACUUCAAAGUAACACUUCAUCAAAUACUGCAGAUUUUAUUGAGUUUAUUAAUAAUUUAUUCGAUUGUCUUAAUAGCAGGUCUUUAUAUAGCAAUAAUCCAUAUCUAUGUGCUUUAACUGAUGUAGGUACUGUAAAAAAUUUUUUAAUAGGAGCUUCAGAAUACUUCAUAAAUUUGCAAAAAUUAAAAAAAGGAAAGUUAACACAACCGCCCUGUUUUAAAGGUUUUACGCAGACCAUUAAUGGUGUUUUGCAAUUUUUCGAAGCAGAGAAAUCUAAUGACAUUGUAUUUUUAAUGACUAAUCGUUUAAAUCAGGAUAGGUUAGAAAAUCUUUUUAGUAUUUUUCGACAAAAUGGUGGUUAUAACAAAAACCCAACAGCCAGAACGAUCAGAACUUCGAUAAGAAGUAAUUGUAUUUUUUCUUUAUGUACAUCUAAAGGGACAAAUUGUGAGGCAGCACAAGAAGAUGCUAAUCCAGUUAUAAUUGAUCCAGUUAGACCACUAAAUAAAAUAGAUUUUAACAGUUCAACAUCAUCUUCAUCUUCAGAUACAGAAUGUAAUUCUAAUUUAUCUCUCUGUAUUUUAUCAUCUGAUGAGGACUCAGUCAAUAUUGAUAAUAAUACUGAUGUUUCUUUAGAAGACUGCUCUGUUACAUAUUUUGCAGGAUAUCUGGGCUAUAAAUGUAUGAACAAAUUUAAUUGUAACCAAUGUCAACUUGAAUUAUUCAUGGAUAAAAACUUAAACGAUAAAAAACAAUUACUUUUAAUUAAUAAAAAUUAUAUUUCUAUUAAUAAUGAAAGUGGACUUAAAGCACCAUCAAAUAAUUUCAAUAAUGUUGUAAAUAAAAUGUUGAAUAUUUUUGAAAACAACUAUGAAAAAUAUUUAAAUAAAAAGAAAAUUAGAUUUCAAUUAACUGAGCUUGUAAAAAAUAAUAAAACAGUUAUAAAAUGGUUAGAUGAAUCAAUGAAAAACUGUUUAGAGCAUAAAAUGUAUAUAAUUGAUCAACUUUUAAUUUGUAAAAUAUUUAAUAAAACAAAAAUGUUUUCAACCACAUCAAAAUUAGCUAAACUUUCAAAAUUAAAAAUAUUAAACCACAUUUAA